GAGAUCUAAAGCUUCCACAGCACAUAGUGCUCUAUGACUCACUCAAUCUUCACUUUUAAUCUUCUUUUCUGGAUCAUUCUUAUGCUAAUAUAAACCGCUUUCCACAUUCACUCAUUCAACACAAAAUCCUCUCUUACUCUCUGUGAAUAUGAAGUUCUUUUCUGCUGCAAUUCUGCUGCUCCUGCUGCUUCUUGCCACUGGAAUGGCGCCAAUGGCUACAGAGGCAAGGACAUGCGAGUCUCCGAGCCACCACUUCAGGGGGUUGUGCUUCAGUAAGAACAACUGCGGCCAUGUCUGCAAGACAGAGGGCUUCCAUGGUGGGCAUUGCAGAGGCUUCCGCCGCCGCUGCUUCUGCACAAAGCACUGUGUUUGAAUGGUCUUUGUUGUUUCAAAUCAGUUGUCUAUCAGUCGAAGUAGGCACUGAUGAGACCUUUAUAGGAGUGGUAAUAUACAAUAAAAGUUGCCAUCUUUUGAGUAUUGUUGUUUUGUGUAAGCGCUUUGCUUCAUUUUCUUUGGCGUAUUUGAUACUUCGUUUCUGUAAGGCUUUUAACAAAGAGGUUCACUAAAGUAUUUGGCCCAUGGGGUUUAAGCA